UCAGAGAGGUCGGAGAGGAAGCUGAGACCAUAUGAAUUGUUACUUCAUAUUUUUGCAAGAAUUGUGGAUACUUUCAAUUUCCCAUCUCUGGAAAUGCGAAUUUUUACACCCGAUUAGUUAAUAAUUUCGUACUUAUUUGGACUUUCCCAUUUUCGGUCACAGGAUAUAUACAUCUAUACAUUUUGGGAGCUAGGUUGCGAGCUAAAAACUUGGCGAUUGAUAGUGGGCUACUGUACUUGGCUAGCCAAUUGGCUAACUAAUUUGCCAGCAGCCAGAUUUUUGCUAGGUAUUGGAUUUUUUUCCCCUCCACGACUCGGUUUCUUUUUGUGUCAGCGAUGGGGGAAAACAAGCCUCAGCAAGUGAUCUUUUGCAAUGAUUCUCCCAAGCGAGUCUUGGUGUCCGUUAUCAAGACGACCCCGAUUAAGCCCAGGGUGGCGGAGUCUGUGAUGCCCACCAGUCCUGGGUUCAGCGACUUCAUGGUCUAUCCGUGGAGAUGGGGCGAGAACGCGCACAAUGUCACCCUCAGUCCCGGAUCGGUGAACGGAGCCGCCUCCCCGACCGGCAGCAACACGGGCAGAGAAGGGGACCUUGCUGCAAUCCCUGAUCACAUGAAGGAUGGGAUGCGCCGCGGCCGCCCGCGCGCAGACACCGUUCGCGCCCUGAUCAACGAGGGCGAGAAUUCCUCCAGCCGAAUCCGCUGUAACAUCUGCAACCGGGUUUUCCCCCGGGAGAAAUCUCUACAGGCCCAUAAGCGCACACACACAGGAGAGAGACCUUAUCUCUGCGACUACCCAGACUGCGGGAAAGCCUUCGUCCAGAGCGGGCAGUUGAAGACCCACCAGCGGCUGCACACUGGGGAGAAGCCCUUCGUCUGCUCCGAAAAAGCCUGCGGGAGCCGGUUCACCCACGCCAAUCGGCACUGUGCCAAGCACCCCUACGCCCGUCUGAAGAGGGAGGACCCGGAGGGCGGCCCCGGGAAGUCCCAGGCCGCUGACAACAAGGCUGUGGCGGAGUGGCUGGCCAAGUACUGGCAGACCAGGGAGGAGCGCUGCCCCCCUCCCAAAGGGAAGGGCCCGGGGAAGGGCGGGGCCGAGGACCAGGAGCAGCAAGACCCCCUGGAGUUCUGCCAAUCGGACGAGGAGGAGGGGGAGGAGCCGGAGGAGGAGAAGGGCGGGGCCAGGCGGAGGCUCCAGGAGCAGAGGGAGCGUCUCCACGGCGCCCUGGCUCUCAUCGAGCUCGCCAACAACCUGUCCUAAAACCCGCCCGCGCCCCGUCCCAAAACCGCCCCCCACACCGGGAGAGAGGGGGGGGGCACAAGCUAAAGCACCUUAUCAUUCACUUACAUUGUUUUUUUUAUUUUAUUGUUAUUAGGCUGCUAUGAAUGUAGAUCUUUUUCAUCAUAUGAAGAAUGUUGUUUCUUGUCCUGGAAAGAGGAAAGGGGCCUUCGUUUUAAAAGUGUUGUAUGUGUUGAUUUUUGCACUUUUUUUUUUUCUUUUUCUUUUUUUUUUCAUUUGGUAACGAGUUUAAAUGAGUGGAGUAUAUAUACAGUCUGUAACCGUGCGUGUGUGUGUGAGUGUGUGUGAGAGUGUGUGUGGAGGAGGUCCUGGCUCAGGGGAGGAGCGUGAUUACAGGGUGUGUGUGUGUAUAUAAGAGUGGCAGGAGACGUUUUAAGACUGGCGAGAGACGACGUGGCUCGUGCAAGCCUAAUCUAAGUCUACUCUAAACUUAAGUACUUUGCUGUCCCCUUGGGCUUCUGUAGAUUUUGUUACGAACAAGCCGACUACUGCCUCCGCCCGACCCCAGACUGAGCAACCCUCGGUGUCUACCUUACCGUGCUUGAGUCCGCUCGAGCAAACUUAAGUCAGCACUUAAAUUAUACUGCAUUCAGUCACGGUAACAUCUGACACCCUGAUUGCUGUAGACCUGCCCAAUACCUGUAAAUAGCACAUUCUGCAUGUUAAUUUAUGACCUUUCAAACUAAUUUGUUAAUACAAAAAUAAUAAUGUUUUGUGUAUUUUAAUGUAGUGUCAUAGUGGUUUGUAACUCCUUUGGAGGGUGGAAAUAUUUUUUAAAAUCAGGUUUUAUGUUCCAGAGCACCUUAUUUUAUCACCAGUCAGAGUUUAUAACAUUCUCGUUCUGCUUAUUAAUUCAAGAAUACAUUUACCCCCCUCAUUUUUUUUGCUUCCAUUAACUUAUUCAAGAGACCUUGUUUAAUGGCAAAAGUGGAGCAAUGAAAUGAGGCACUGGUUUAGAGUUUGGGGGUUCACAGUGUUCACACUGAACCCCAUCACCCCCCGAAUUGGUUGAAAAACAUUAUCUUUUAUUGGCCAAUUAGGAGCCUUCUAAUACUGUUCUGCAGAAUGUUUGUAAACAUUCCAUCCGUUGUGUGACAUCAUCAGUUUGAGGAAGAGCUGAUGACCUGGAACUGAUCCCCCCCCUUAACAGAGACCUUCUGUUUUAGAGCAACUGACGUCUUGACAGGACUACUUAUGUUUUUACGUCAAAAAAAAACCCCAGGAGAUCUCACUUUCUCUGACGUAGAUUAGGCUUGCAAAGUCAACAUGGCAGGGGAUUUGAUUUCGUUUUAAUUUUUUUUUUUUUUUGCGGUUUGAUGUUUGCAACACUAAGUGGUCGAAACGCCGAAAGCUUCUGCAGAGGAACGGCUGAUCUCUGGGCUGACUCAUUAAGCUACUGCUUGUUUUUGCCGAGUGCAAGGCCCUGCUUGCAGUCGGCAAUUCCCCUCUGUUCUGUAUUAGUUUCUAUAAGAACGCUUAGAGCACUGAUACUUCAGAUCUGUUAUCCUAGUUUUAAAAACAUUCUUUGUUUUUUGUGACCCAUUUAGCUGUGGUAUAUUGUAUUCAAAUUAGUUUUUCCAAAUAUUUAAUUGAAAUUAAAAACUGGAAAACUCAAUCGUUACACGCCAAAUAAGAUGAAACCACAGAAUUUGGACUUCCACAGUUUUAGCUAUGUGAAAUAUAUUUUUUACAGAAUUUUAAAGAAUUUUUUAUUUAUACACCGCUCAAAAACAAAUGUUAAAACAUUUUGGUUUGUUGGUACUUGUCAUGACCUUUUAUUGACCCAAAAUAUAUUUUUCCUUUCAUUUUGAAAAGAGCUUCUCUUGUAUGCUUUGUAGGGCUCACAUUAAAGCAGGGUUUUUACAGGCAGUCCAUAGUGCUGGUACUCAUUUUCCAAUAAAACGCAGUUCUCAAUCAUG